AUGGUGGGGCCACCAGACCACAGCACCUGCAGCAUCUGCUGCUGCACCCCAGUCAACAGGAUCCUGACGGUCAUCUUCAUGAUCUUACUGACCAUCGCCGUGCUGUUCGGUAACUCGGUGUCUCUGGUUGUGUUCUUGGGGACCAAGCAGUUCCGCACCCCGCAUGGCUAUCUGAAGGCUUCUCUGGCCGUGGCUGACCUCGCUGUUGGCGUUGUGGUUGUGCCCUUUUCCGUGUACUCCGAGGUGUUCCUGAUGCUGAAGGGAGCGCCCACAGAAUGCGCGCUGGGCACCUUAUUCGGCGACGAUUUCCAGCCUUGCACGGUGAUCGGGACGGUGUUCGCCGGCUGCACCCUGGUCUCCAUCAGCACCAUAUUCUUGUUAACUAUAGAGAGAAGCAUCGCCAUCCUGAAACCUCUGCACAAGGAGGCCGUGAUCACCAGGAAGAGGACGGUGUCCCUGAUCGGCGUCUCCUGGAUUGCCAGCUUCUUCCUCGCAGUGUCUCCUCUGAUGUUCAGCGAGGAGAUCGUGUUGGAGUACAACACAUGCAGCCGAAUGUGCAACUUCUCCCUCCUGGCCGGCAGCUUCCCCCAGAGCGGCUGGAAGAUCUUACUACUUUUCCCGGCUUUCGAUUUCACUCUCCUGGGAGCGACGGUAGUCAUCAACAUCUUGUCUUUGAGUAGCAUUCGGCAAUAUUCCAAACAAAGGAGGGUACUCGCCAAAAGCAAUCACAGCUGCAGGUUAUCCCGCCCGUCCUUUUCGGAUAUCAAAGCUGGAAAGACUAUCGGGGCGCUAACCCUCGCCUUCACCGCUUCCUUCACCCCAAUCGCCGUGUAUGUGGUGGGGAACGUCCUCGGCUAUCAAUGGUGUGAAUUCUCCUUCAUUGCCUUCUGGAUCCUGACUUCCAACAGUUGUUGGAAUGUGAUUAUUUACAGCGUUAGAGAUCAGAAGUUCAGACAACGGGCUCUGGAGCUAUUCUCUAUCUCCAAAUCAGCCAUCUCCACCGACAGGUAGUCCAGCCCAGCGCCCACAGACAGACCGACAGACACACACACACAGACAGACCGACAGACAGACAGAGACCCCUUAAUCUAUUUAUUAUUCAA